AUGGGCGGAGAGCUCGAAGGCGGACCGCCCUACUCUGUUGGGCCGCAGCAUGGGUACGCGGGAGCCCGAGCGCCUCCCGGCCAGUACGGUCAGCGACCACCGCAGCAGUACCCCGGCAGCGGCGCCGGCGGUGCCCCGCAGCCCCAGACGGCCACCGGACCGCAGGAUGUGCCCGCUCUGUACAUCGGCAACUUGACCUGGUGGACGACCGAUCAAGAUCUGGAGGACGUUUGUUCGCAGUUUGGCAAGGUAAAGCAGGUCAAGUUCUUCGAGAACAAGCAGAACGGGCGCUCGAAGGGCUACGCGCUGGUGGAGUACUAUGACGCCGAGGCCUCUCGGCAGGCCAAGGAGAAGCUCCAGGGCUACACGAUUCACGACAAGCAGGUGAUGGUCAACUUCGUCUCCCCUCAGACGCUGGCCGAGCUCAACAACCCCGGGAAGAAAGGCGGGCCGUCACUUCCGCCCAUGAUGGGCGGCGGCGGUCGACCGCCCAUGCAACGGUCAUCGGGGCCCAACGCGCCCCCGUCCUCGCAGCCGCGAGGCCCGCCCAUGGGCGGACGCGGCUACCCACCGGGUCCGGGCGGGCGUGGGUUCAUGCCGGGACCGUACGGACCCGACGGCCCGAUGCCCCCGGGCAUGCCCGGCGCCGUGCCCUUCGUGCGCUUCCCCGGCGGAAUGGUGCCCGGUAUCGGCCGGGGCGGCGCGGGCGGCCGCGGGAUCAUGGGCCACUCGCCCUACGGACCCGACUUCUUCCCCAUGAUGCCGGUUCCGGGUGCGCACCUGAAUCCGGCCUUCUUCAAGGACCACCCGGACGACAUGUACCGCGGCGGCGGCGGCCGGGACGAUAGGGACUACCACGACCGAGACCGCGAUAGGGACAGGGACCGUGAUCGCGGCGAUCGCGACCGCGACCGAGAGCGCGAGAGGCCCGCCGCGGGGGAGAGCAGCAGGAGCUCCUCGGACAGCAGCAGCAGCAGCAGGCCCGCCGACCGCGAGAGGGACGUCAGGGAUCGAGACCGCGAGCGUGAGCGAGAGCCCGAGCGGGACAGGGACCGCGAACGUGAGAGGGAGCGAGACCGCGAUCGAGAGAGGGAGCGCGAGCGGGAGAGGGAGCGAGGCCGGAGCUCGUCAAGCAGCAGCCGCAGCAGCCGACGGAGCAGCGAAAGAGGAGGCGACGACCGGGGCGUCAAGAGGGAGCGAGAGGAGUCUCGUGCCAGCGAGUCCUCCUCUUCCUCUUCUCGUUCUACGCGCGACAAGGACGACGACAGGAAGCGGCGCCGAGACGACUCCUCUGAAAGCUCGGGACGGCACGAGAGGAGGUGA